CAUGUCAACUGUUUUCUUAAAAGACUUCUGUUCAUCUUGAUUCCAGGUGUCUGAGAAUUCUGAGCCCCAGGGCUGCAUUUCUGAGACUCUGUGCCAUGGCCCAGAUGUUACAGAGUGGUUUCCCAGCACUGUGCAUCUUCGGGGUCUUGACCCUACUGCACUGCCCUUCAGCCAUGUGUGAUUGCAGUUUACCUCCAAGCAUUGCUCAUGGAUCCUAUGAAGAUGUGAGCUCAUUUAUGUCCUUUACUACUGAGGUGAAGUAUACAUGUGAUGAAGGAUAUGUUCUGGUUGGAAAAGCUAAAAUCACCUGCAGAUAUUCCGGUUGGUUGUCUCCAGCUCCUCAAUGUAAAGCUCUGUGUUUGAAACCAGAGGUAGAAAAUGGGAAGCUCUCUGUGGAUAAGGAUCAGUAUAUUGAGACUGAAAAUGUCACCAUCCAGUGUGAUCGAGGCUAUCGUGUAGUUGGCCUCCAAAGUGUCACUUGCUCAGAGAAGAGAACCUGGUACCCAGAGGUGCCCAAGUGUGAGUGGGAAGUCCCCCAAGGCUGUGAGCAAGUGCUAUCAGGCAGACACCUCAUGCAGUGUCUCCCAAGACCGCAGGAUGUGCAAAUGGCCCUGGAGGUGUAUAAACUGUCAUUGGAGGUUAAGCAACUGGAACAAAGUAUUGGACCUGAAGAACACCAAUCAGAAAUCAGUACAUCUACUCCACCCUUCUCCCCCUAAAGAAAAUAGAGAAUUAGGUUUAUUUCCUAUAUAGUAACUCUACUGCUCCUUAAAUAUUAUCAUUCACUAGAAAAAUAAUUCUGUGUUGGAAGAAUUAGUUAAUAUUCUUUGUGCCACUGAUGAUGUGGAACUAUUGAUUUAUAUCUUCACAGCUCAUCUUAAGCUUCUGCUUUCCUGGAUUCGGUGGGCUGUCUAAAAUAAAUGGUCACCUGUCAAAAAUCAAAUUAUCCUUUUUUUAACUUAGAUUUCUGUGUAAUGAAAACUUAGGGUCCUUUACAAAUCACUUCCUAACGUUUCCUCGAAAAUAUAGACUUACGCCCAUGUUGCCACCUUCAUCUGAAGUGUCUUUAUGCUACAUCUUCAUUUCCUACUCAACUUUCAGUGCUCAGGUCAAACAUUACAUCUUCCUCCAAGUCUCCUUCUCUCCCUAUUUGAUCACCAGUAUUCCUCUGGAGUCAUUUAUCACCUUCCACUUUAUAUUUAAGAUAUAUUUCGUUUUGUCUAACAUCCUGUUCAUCCCGUAAUGACACGCUAUAAGCUCUUUGAAAGCCUGAUCUAUGUAUAACCCAAGUAUCACCCUCUUGGGCAUACACAAUCUCCCAAUUUAAUCUGAUCACUUUUCUUUAAUAGUGUAUUUAAAUUGAAAAGGCUUCAGUGUUCCUCUUAAAUCAGAUUCCACAGAAGCAGACCCUGAGAAGAGGAUUUAUAUGCAAGCAAUUUAUUACAGAAGUGGUCCCAGGAGAAACGGACAUGGAAGAGAAGGAGCCUAGCAAAUUUUCAGGCCAAGUCCUAUGGAGGGUUGUUGCAUUCUUAACUGCAGUCCAGUCAGCCCCCGACUCCUGGUGAUGAAACUAAGGUUUAUAUCAACCCUAUUUGCAAUAUCCCCAAAUUGAAAACUACCAAAACGCUCAUGAGCAGUACAGGGGAUAAAUUAAUUGUGGCACAUCGCAUGAUGAAAUAUAGCACAACAAUGGAAUGAAUAGAUAGUACAUACUGCUUCCUUUCUUUAUGUAAAGCACAAAAGCAGACAAAAUUAAUCUAUGAUAUUAGAAGUCAGAAUAGCAAUUCCCCUUGGGAAGGGAACAUAAUGAGGGGUCUUGAAGUGCCGGUAACGUUCUGUUUCUUGAUCUGAGUGAUGUUACAUAGAUGUGUUUAGUUUGUGAAAAUUCAACUAGCUUUAUUCUUAAGAUAUUGCACUUUUAUUAGUGGUUACCAAGGGUGGGAGGGGAAAGGGAGAGAGGGAAUCAUUCUCUGAGAAGUAGUGAGUUUAUGUCUAUGGUGAGGGGAAACUGGCAUUGAUUAAGAGCAAUGGUUAUACAACUUGACUAAUGUAACUGAUAUCACCAAGCGAUACACCAUAAAAAGGGCGAAAUGGAAAAUGUUGUGUUAUAUAUAAUUUUACAGCAACAACAAAACCAAAAAAAA